UCUCCCCGCUCUCGCCCCUCCCCUCGGUUUCAAGAUGGCGGCGCCCAGCUCAGCUCGCAGCGGAAGGCUUCGGGGCGGCCUUUGGACCUCCGUUUUUUUCCUCCCGCUCUUUCUUUCGGCAGCCGCGGCGGAAGAAGGCUCGGACACGGCCAGCUUCGACGUCAGGCCCGGCGGCAUGGUCCACUCCUUCUCCAGGAGCCUGGGAGACUACUCUUGCACUUUCACCUAUGCGGCUCAAGGUGGGACCAAUGAGCAAUGGCAGAUGAGCAUGGGCACCAGCGAGGACAACCUGCUGUUUUCGUGUUCGGUCUGGAGACCGCAAGGGAAGUCUUACCUCUUCUUCACGCAAUUCCGAGCUGAAGUGACGGGAGCCAAGAUCGAGUAUGCUAUGGCCUACUCGGCAGCUGCGUCCGGAGGGCAGAGCGAUGUCCCUUUAAAGGAAGAGGAGUUCCAGGUGUCUGAAACAACAGUGACCCACAAAGAAGGCAAAUUCCGAGCCGAGCUUUCCAAACUUCUCAUCGUUGCCAAAACCGCCCACGAUGAGCUAUGAAUGGCCAAGCCUUUGCAAGGACAAUGCAGUGACCUUUCCAAUGUCCUGGACGGGUAGGAUUCUGGGCAUCCCAAAGCGGGAGUCAGUUCUUGCAAUGUCUUUUUAUGGGAGGAAAAAUACCUUCCUCGAUGGCGAGAAAUACUUCAUCAUGGAAGAAGGGAAUACUUUUCUUCAAUCUGGUGCCGGCAAUGCAUUCAAAACCAUUUCUAUUCCUUCCAGGAUGUUUCAGGACCCAAAAUAUGACUUAACAACAUAAGAACUCCCUUUUGGGAUGGGAAUAAAUAAGGGCAUAUCUGAAUAAAUCAGAAUAUAUCUCGUAA